AUGUCCUUAAAAAGACAUUAUAUCCAGAAAACAUUCAAAGCAGCUAAUAUGUUUGUCUCUGACUCUAAGCAGGCUUUUAUGCACUCCAGUCAACACUUUUACUGGAUUGGACUCACCUACAAUGAAGAACACGCUGCCUGGUUUUGGGAGGAUGGCUCUUCUUUUUCGCGGGAUUUAUUUCCACUGAUUAAAACUCCAAAUCCAAAGAAAUGCACAAUAUAUAAGGCAAUGAACAGUGGUAUGGAUGAAUCUUGUGAAGAGGAAAAUCGUUAUAUCUGUAAACUACAGGUUAUUUAAGUGUUUCUUGAGGCAGGGGAGUGGGGACUAAGGAUCUAGGAUUACUAGGAAUGGUACUUUUACCUUAUAUUACUACUAAUUAUCUAUUUCUUAGCUCUGUAAAAUGCUACUGUCUUUUCAUAGCAUUUUCAUACGUUUGAAGCCAUGUGUUUUGAAAUUGAUGAAAUUUG